AUGGCAGGCAAUGCUUUGAAAAGACUCAUGGCAGAGUACAAACAAUUAACAGUCAAUCCACCAGAGGGUAUUGUUGCUGGACCAGUGGAUGAAAGGAAUUUUUUUGAGUGGGAAGCAUUGAUUGCUGGACCAGAGGGUACUCCAUUUGAAGGUGGUGUUUUCGCUGUACGUUUGAACUUCCCAUCAGAUUACCCUUUGUCUCCACCAAAAAUGCAAUUUCUAACUGAAGUGUUCCAUCCAAAUAUCUAUCCAGAUGGACGCGUGUGCAUUUCCAUACUUCAUGCUCCUGGUGAUGAUCCAAUGGGUUAUGAAAGUUCCGUUGAACGUUGGAGUCCAGUCCAAUCAGUCGAAAAAAUUUUAUUAUCUGUUGUUAGUAUGCUUGCAGAACCGAAUGAUGAGAGUGCGGCUAAUGUGGAUGCAGCAAAAACAUGGCGUGAAGAUAAAGCGCGUUUCAAUAGUCUAGCACUCCGGAGUGUACGUAUUAGUUUGGGUAUUUCAGCGGAAUAA